GUCUUCUUCUUCCUUCUGGCGGCAAAUCGUGCUCGGGAACAACCAGGGGUCGACGGAUCGUCCUCGGUAACGUUGGUUUUCACGACGGCAGGGGGCUACUUUUUCUUUUAUCGCUGCCGCUGCCCCAUUUGCCUUUGCCGCUGCUGUACUCUCUUUCUUCUAUUUUCGUUUAGUCGUGGUAAAAGAAAGAAAAAAUCCCCUAUUCACUAACGAUGGGUGGGAGUUGAGCGUGAACCGUGUAGCUGCCAUUUCCAGGAUGAAGAAGCUUUUUCUUCGAGUGGGAGAGAGAUGAAGAUAAAGCUACUGGAUUGACAUAAUUUGUUGUUUCAUUUUCUUAACAAGAAAGGAGAAUAAACAAUUACCGAAAAAAUUGGAAAGGGGAACAAAGUAAUUAGCUUCUCAGUAAUUUUUAUACUUGCAGUAGAUUUGUUUAGAAAUUGGGUGUUCUUUUCGGGAUCGAAAAAAUAGAAGUAAAAGAUAAAACAUAGGGUAAAUUCCUAGUUUGGUCACUGGGUAUACUAAAAAAUGUCAUGUUUAGUCACUAGAAAAAAUUAAUAUCAAUAAUGGCCACUAAGUUUGGUAAAACAUGUCAUGUUUGGUCACCCUCCGUUAGUUUCCGUCCAACUCCGUUAAUGAAGUCCGUUAAGCGCUGACGUAGCAAACAAGUCCGCAUGUUUAAAAUGUUUUGUUCUAUUUCUCUUAUCUUGUGCAAAGUUCUACAUAUAUUGUAAGGAUAAGAAUUGAAUAGAAGUUCAACUAGUUUUCUUCUGGAGAAAAAGCUCAUAGUAAUUUUUAGGGUUAAUAUAUUUGUAUGGCCUGAACUUUUCACAUAAUAAACAUCCUAGCCAAUAUUUUCGAUCUAUAACAUUAUGGCCUGAACUAUACACCAAAGUAACGAAAUUGGCCAAACCCGAAAAAUUGACCGUAAUCUUUGACGGUCAACGCGCCACGUCACAGCCAAGUCAGCACCUUUCACUUAGAAAUUUUUAUAUGUUCCACCUAUUACUAUUUUUUCAUUUUAAAUAAAAAAUUGAAAAUUGAAAAAAAAUAAAGUGGACCAGAAAUUCCUUUUCAUUUUUUAUUCAAAAUGAGAAAAAUAAAUAGUAAUAGGUGGAAAAUAUAAAAAAAUUUAAGUGAAAGGUGCUGACUUGGCGGCGACGUGGCGCAUUGACCAUUAGUCAACCCGUUUGACCGUCAAAGAUAACGGUCAACGGGUUUGGCCAAUUUCGUUAGUUUGGUGUAUAGUUCAUGCCAUGAUGUUAUAGAUCGAAAAGAUUGGCCAGGAUGUUUAUUAUGUGAAAAGUUCAGGCCAUACAAAUAUAUUAACCCUAAUUUUUAUACUUGCAGCUCAUUUGUUUAGAAAUUGGGUGUUCUUUUCGGGAUUGAAAAAAAUAGAAGUAAAACAUAAAACAUAAGGUAAAUUCGAAGUAUGGUCACUGGAUAUGUCCGGUGAAGGGGAUCUGCCGAGAUUGAUGAUGGAGGCCGGGGACUUGCGGAGAUUGUCCGGUGAAGGGGAUCUGUCCGGUGAACUUGUUGUAGCCCAAAUUGAUGACGGAGGCCAGGGACUUGCCGAGAUUGUUCGAGAUUUCACCGUCGAAUUGGUUGCUGUUGAGGAAGAUGGCGUCGUGGCGUUUGUCGAAGAGGGCAUCGGGGAUUAGACCCGAGAAGGAGUUCAAUCGGAAGUCGAGGUAUACAAGAUUGGGGAUGUCGAGGACGGAGGAGGGAACUCGUCGGGGAAUUGGUUGUUGUUGAGGUCUAAUUCGUGGAGGGAAAUUAGGUCACAGAAUGUCUCCGGGACAAAGCCUUGGAUCCGGUUGUGGGAGGCUAACAUUCCACCGAAGCUGAAGGUGUUUGUCUGAAAAUGUUUAAUAGAAUUCUACCGACGACAGAAGCCCUUACUGGAAAAAAGAUUGCGAUUCUCCCAAGAUGUCCUGUGUGUUGGGCUGAUUUUGAGAUAAUGGAACAUCUGUUCCUGGAUUACCCCGUCGCCCAUGCCAUUUGGGACCAUCCGGGGUUACAGUAUUUGGCCAAGGUUUGCCUCUUCUUACGUUCCCUCUAUUUCUGAAGAAAUUUUGUCUAUUAUACAUCAACCUUCGCAGUUCAUGGUGGUGAUUGCUGUCCUUUGGAGGACAUGGAGAUCUCGGAACUGGGUUAUCUUUGAAGGUAAACAUUUCAAGAUCCCUGCCUUGAUGAGGCAGUAUAAUCAGCAGGUUGAGGAAUGGAUCCGUCUACCGGUUGAACAACCCCUCUCACUGUCCAGUCCACUGCCUCCCCCCGUGGAUCCAGAUGGGCUAAUUGUGCCUAUGUGUAUGUGGGAUGGGGCAGUAAGGAAUGUGUCGCAUUCAGCAGGAGGGAUGGUUAUCCUCAAUCCUGCUAGAGAGGUCCUUUGGGCUACUGGGUCCAGUUUCCUCUUAUUGAUGAUCCAAUGGUGGUGGAGUUACUUGUCCUCCGGGUGGUUGUCACUUGGUGUUUGGGGCAGGGCUUUUCGGAGAUGAGAUUUGAAGGAGAUGCCAAAGUGGUAAUUUAUAAGGUCAGCCGGGCAGAUGUGCGAGAUAAUCGGAUGGAGACUAUUCUAGAAGAGAUUGUGCGUACUUUCGCUUUGAAUACGGGCUUCAGUGUGCGAUUUGUAGAUCUGACUAGCAAUAGGGUAGCUCAUUUGGUAGCUAGAAAGGCAUUGUCUUUGUACCUGACUACGUGUCGCUUCUUUGAUUUUUAGACUUGGCUGAAUUCCAGGAUGUAACUAUCUUUUUGUUCCAAUCAAUAUAUGAUUACCUUUUGU